CUAGGAAUGUCUUUCAAACAUACAAAGGAAGUAAAAAAUGACAGUCACAAUGCUCCCUUCUGCCCCACUCUGAGAUCCCUGCAUGGCAUACUAGCAUCCAGGGGUGGUACCUGUGGUGUGGGGGGGGGGGGGCAAAAGCUAUUUGUGUUGAAUCUUAAGCUUGCGGUCUCAACCAUCCCACAGUGAGAGGCAUCUAUGCUGUGUGAAAGGAGGACCUGACUUGCUACAAACCCAGACCAGGUACUGCGGCACUGCUAUCAUCCACAGUACUGAUUCCAACAGGAAGCAGAGACUUGGACUGGACCAUGGCCACCAAGGAAGUUAACAGAGCACAGGUGGUUAGAACCAUGAAGGUGCGUACUUCCCUCAAGGGAGACGGCAGCUGGAUCCGUAGAGUGACAGACCCAGAUGAAGAAGAGGGACAACCACGUAAGCCAGAACUUCCAAAGAAACCCACUGGUCUCUUUUCAGCUGAAUCCAGCCCUGUUACCUCUCUUGCUCCAUGCAACCCCUACAGUCCUACAGUGACACCAGAUGUUGACCCACUGACCCCUGAGGAAAUCACCAAAUGGUCAUUGACAUCUAGCAGGGUCAGACCCCUGGCAAAGUCCUAUGUCCUCUCAGCAGCUAAGAAAUUUGAAUCUCUUGAUUCCCCAACGAGCCCCCCACCAUUCAAAAUCAGCCAGUCACAUUUCCCUAUAAGUAGGCCUGAAGAGUUGUCAGAAGCUGUGGAGGAGUCGGACCCACCAACAGCAGAAUCAAAAGACAAAUCUCUUGGGAAACCUGUGGAACAACCUGCAGUGGAGGAAUCUGUAGAUGCACCUGCUGACCAACCAGAGGCAGCAGAGCCCUCUGAGACAACGACUGAGGAACCUGCAUCUGUGGAAGAAGCUGAUGGAGAACUCAUCGCAAAACUCACUGCAGAACCCACCGUGGGACCCACAGUGGAACCAGCAAGUGAAAUUCAAUCAGAAGAGGCUGCUGUAGAAUCAAUCUUAGAACCUGUAGUGAAACCUUUUGACAGUGUUUCUGAAGAACCUGAAGUUAGGCCAGCGGAUGUGGCUGCAGUUAAACCUGUAGUUGAGCCUGUGGCUGCAGCUAAACCUGUAGUUGAGCCCAUGGCUGCAGUUAAACCUGUAGUUGAGCCUGUGGCUGCAGUUGAACCUGUAGUUGAGCCUGUGGCUGCAGUUAAACCUGUAGUUGAGCCUGUGGCUACAGUUAAACCUGUAGCUGCAGUUAAACCUGUAGUUGAGCCUGUGGCUGCAGUUAAACCUGUAGUUGAGCCUGUGGCUGCAGUUAAACCUGUAGUUGAGCCCGUGGCUACAGUUAAGCCUGUAGAUGAGCCUGUGGCUGCAUUUAAACCUGUAGUUGAGCCUGUGGCUGCAGUUAAACCUGUAGUUGAGCCUGUGGCUGCAGUUAAACCUGUAGUUGAGCCUGUGGCUGCAGUUAAACCUGUAGUUGAGCCUGUGGCUGCAGUUAAACCUGUAGUUGAGCCUGUGGCUGCAGCUAAACCUGUAGUUGAGCCUGUGGCUGCAGUUAAACCUGUAGUUGAGCCUGUGGCUGCAGGUAAACCUGAAGUUGAGCCUGUGGCUGCAGUUAAACCUGUAGUUGAGCCUGUGGCUGCAGUUAAACUUGUAGUUGAGCCUGUGGCUGCAGUUAAACCUGUAGUUGAGCCUGUGGCUGCAAUUAAACCUGUAGUUGAGCCCGUGGCUGCAGUUAAACCUGUAGUUGAGCCUGUGGCUGCAGUUAAACCUGUAGUUGAGCCUGUGGCUGCAGUUAAACCUGUAGUUGAGCCCGUGGCUGCAGUUAAACCUGUAGUUGAGCCUGUGGCUGCAGUUAAACCUGUAGUUGAGCCUGUGGCUGCAGUUAAACCUGUAGUUGAGCCUGUGGCUGCAGUUAAACCUGUAGUUGAGCCCGUGGCUGCAGUUAAACCUGUAGUUGAGCCUGUGGCUGCAGCUAAACCUGUAGUUGAGCCCGUGGCUGCAGUUAAACCUGUAGUUGAGCCCAUGGCUGCAGUUAAACCUGUAGUUGAGCCCCUGGCUGCAGUUAAACCUGUAGUUGAGCCCGUGGCUGCAGUUAAACCUGUAGUUGAGCCCGUGGCUGCAGUUAAACCUGUAGUUGAGCCCGUGGCUGCAGUUAAACCUGUAGUUGAGGAGUCAACAUCUGAACCCAUCAUUGAAGCUGAAGCUGAAACUGUGGCUGAAGCAGCUGUUGAAGUUGUUCAGGAAUUAUCAGCUGCUAUUGAACUUGAGGAGGCAUUAGUCGUGGAGCUACCUGCUGCUGAAGUCGUGGCAGAUGAUAUAAUAGCACCUGCAUCAGAACCUUCACCAUCCCCUUGUGGGGGUCAGGUUCCAUCACUCAUUCAGCAACAGGAGGAUGCUGAACCCCAGCAUCAGAUAGUCCAUGACUUUCGUCACACCAAGGAUGGCAAAGCUAUUUGUUCAUACUGUGACAAGUCAAUUGAUGGAAAUGUCAAGAUCACAAUCAAUUACCCACAAAUCUACAGCCACCCAGACUGUUUUAAGUGCGGAUUGUGCAGUAAGGCCUUGGGGGACAUGGCGACCUCCAUGUUCGUGCAUGGGAGAGUGAUCCACUGUGAUGGCUGCUUUAUUAAAACCAUGUAGGCCCCAGGGCUUCUCAUCACCUUGACACAGAGGGCACAACAGUGUCAUCCCUGGAACAUCCCUGUCACCAACACAACCAUUUUGACAGAUUACUUGCUAACACUGUUCAAUUUUUUUGUUGUAAGAUGUUAUAAUUCCAGAGUUAUCAUCAAUUUUCCUUCCCUGACACUGAAUGCCAUUCUUUUGUGAAUGUAAGACUUUUUUCUGUAAACAAAUAAUAUUUUUUUCCCCAUUUAUUGUGUUUUCACCAUGUGGAGGACAUGUAUAUCUUUAAUGAGAAAAAAUAUAUAAAUGAUUUUAUGACCGUU